UGGUCCCACACCUUCAUACUCAUGGACAUGGCCGGGCUCCAGGACUACGAGCUCUUCUUCAAGACGCAGGAGCUGAAGAAGAAGUGGCUGGAGCAGUUCGAGAUGGCCCUCUCCAACAUCUUCCCCGAGCACGCCCUGGCCGACGGACACGACUUCCAGAUGUUCUCCUUCGAGGACACCACGUCCUGCAGGGCCUGUCAGAUGUUGCUGAGGGGCACUUUCUACCAGGGCUAUCGCUGCAGCCGCUGCCGGGCCCCCGCCCACAAGGAGUGUCUGGGCCGGGUGGGGACGUGCGGCAAGGCUGGAGCAGAUUCCGGCUCUGGCCCCAGGAAGAACAAGUCGCAGCGUCCGGGACCCGACAAGAAACGGGGGGACCUGGGGCUCCCCAAGGUUGAGACCACCCAACCCUACAGCGGCGUCCCCCCCCCGCCGGGGGUCCUGGGACCCCCCCUGCGCCUCAGCCCCGGUGACGUCAUCGAGGUCACGGCGGCCGAGGCCGAGGAGCUCUGGUGGCAGGGCAGGAACGUGGCCAGUGGCGACCAGGGCUGGUUCCCCAGUGGUGCCGUGAGACCCUUCGUGGCUGUGCCAUUGCCGGAUCUCUCCGUGUACCCCUGGUACGCGGGUCCCAUGGAGCGGGGGGGGGCGGAGCAGGUCCUGGCCCCCCGCUCCGACGGCGCGUUCCUGGUGCGGCAGCGGGUCAAGGAUUCGGGGGAAUUCGCCAUCAGCAUCAAGUACCGCGGGGAGGUGAAGCACAUCAAGGUGAUGACGGGGGAGGGGCUCUAUAGGGUCACCGACAAGAAGGUGUUCAAGGGGCUGGUGGAGCUGGUGGAGUUCUACCGGCGCAGCUCCCUCAGGGAUUGUUUCAAGGCCCUGGACACGACGCUCGUGGUGCCCUUCAAGGAGCCCGAGAGCCGCGCGGGACCCCGAGCCCCGG